AUGUACGUGAGGCGCGCUGACCCAGGAAGCUGUGUAUGUCGCGAGUCUAACGCAGACGCCGUGCUCAUCUUUGCGACGCAGGCGGGCCAGCCGGCCGUGCCGUUGCUGAGUGCCUGGGACCUGAACUCCUUCUCGUGGAUCCAGCGCGGUACGGUGCAGGACAUGAUGGCGUUCAUGGCCAAGACGGUCGUCGAGCGCACCUCGCCGACGCAGCGCCAGUCGAUCCAGGAGAACAACUUUACCGCGCAUGUGCACGCGCGCCCUGCGGUCGACGGCAUCAGCGGUGUGUUGGUCUCGGACAGCGAGUACCCCGUGCGCGUGGCGUACUCGCUCCUGAACAAGCUCCUCGAGGAGUUUAUUAUCAAGGUGCCCAAGGCGACGUGGCAGUCGCAGGCCAACUCGAUCGCGCUCAGCGGCAACGUGCCGGCGAAGGGCGAGGGCCUCCUGCGCUCCAGCGACUUUCCCCAGGCCCAGGACUACCUGUCGCGCUACCAGGACCCCCGCCAGGCGGAUACCAUCUUGCGUGUGCAGCAGGAACUCGACGAUACCAAGAUCGUUCUGCACAACACGAUCGACUCGGUGCUCCAGCGUGGCGAGGACCUCGACAAGCUCGUCGAAAAGAGCGGCUCGCUCUCGCAGCAGAGCAAGAUGUUCUACAAGUCCGCGCGCAAGCAAAACUCGUGCUGUGGCGUGAUGUAG